UUUCUAAUAUUAAAAAUUUAAAUAUAUAACAGUCGAUAGUGGGUGUAUUUUAUGAGGCGACGGGCUGCUAAGUAUGUGCUAUUUAAUUUCUGUUACGUUGGCGUUUUGCCUGGAGUUGGAUAUUAUUUAAUUUUUGUUAAUGUAAGUUGGCAAAAAGGUUGUAUUAAAAUAUUCGGAGUGUCUGCUGAGAUAUUUGUUGCAGCCAUAUUUGCGAUGCUGGAACCUAUUAAACAUAUCCUCAAAUCACAGAAAAUAGUGUUAGCAAGCUCAUCUCCCAGAAGAAAAGAAAUACUGAGCAGCGUGGGUCUGCCGUUUGAGGUGUGCGUGUCGCGUUAUGAGGAGGACCUGGACCCGGGGAACUACAAAUGCCCCGGGGACUUUGUGGUGGCCACGGCCACCAACAAGGUGCAGGAAGUGUUGGGGCGGCUGCGGGCGGAGGAAAGUGGGCAGCCAGACCUUGUGAUCGGGGCAGACACCAUCGUCGCGCUGGGCGGAGAUGUGCUGGGCAAGCCAGGCAGCUCGCAGAGGGCCGUUGAGAUGCUCCAGAGGCUGAGUGGUCGUCCCCACACGGUGUAUACUGGAGUUGUGCUACAUACCAGGUCACAGUGUGUGACAUUUUUUGAAAGUACAGAAGUGUACGUGGACAAGUUGUCUUCGGAGAUGAUAAAGGCCUAUGUUGACACAGGAGAACCUUUGGACAAAGCAGGGGCCUACGGCAUCCAGGGCCUCGGAGGCUCGUUGAUCGAGAAGAUAGAGGGCGACUACUAUAACGUCAUGGGCCUGCCACUCCAUGCAGUGUGCAAACACAUUGUUAAAUUGUAUAGAGAUAAGUUACUGUGAUAACAAACAUUCCAAUGUGACCUAAAUGCUAGUCAGAUUAGUUGAUGUGUUUGAAAUAAAACUGACCUACAACACA